AUGAUCUUGACUGAUCUCUUUGCCAUGAUCCUCCGCCUCGCGGAGCUGGUCUUUGCCGCUAUUGUUGCCGGUAUCAACGGCGCCUAUCUCCACUCGGUACACAACACCAGCAGCUGGUCCCAGGGACGCUUCAUCUACACUGAAGUAGUGGCCGGCCUCGCCAUCUUCCUCGCGCUGAUCUGGCUCCUGCCCUUCUCGGGCAGCUUUGUCCACUGGCCCGUCGACAUCUUCAUCUCGAUCCUGUGGUUCGUCGCCUUUGGCCUCAUUGUCAACCUCUUGGGCGGCUCCUGCGGAGGCGCCUUCAACUGGGACAACAUUGCCCUCCGCGGCAACGACCAGUGCGGCAAGUGGAAGGCCGUCAUUGCCUUUGCCUUCCUGUCUGCCAUUUGCUGGCUCGUCUCUGCCAUUGUUGGCAUCAUCUGGGUCCGCGACCACGAGCGCCGCGAGUACCGCCGCCGCACCUGGGGUCGCAGCCGCGUCUAA